UUUCCUGUUCAGUUAGCAACUUGAGAGAAAUGUGGACCACGGUAUAACACAACGUACCGUCCCUGCAUUAAAGCACGAAAAACCCCUAAAAGUUUAACGACAGGCGAGAAAUUGUGAAGUGUCCACAGUGGGUCAGAUAGCAUCCUCUUAACACGCCACUGUCAAGCGCCGGGGUCGUAUAGCACUGUUUGUACAGGGCUGUGUUUCUGCCCCGGCCCGCCCUGCUGCUCACAGCACUCCCCAGUGUGCAGUACUCCACUCCAAACCUUACCAGCCGUACCUGUCUUCUAGUGAAUGGCGCUGUGUACUUCUGCUUGGUGAUUGAAGCAAUCCCAAGUUCCAAGAAAGAGUGCGGUGAUGUAUCAGCUGUCACGGAUGACAACCACUUUCAACAAUAGAGGUCUUCGCCAGCAUUCCAAGACAAUGGAGUAAUAUCAAAUAACCUUCAGUUUGCUUCCGAGGACUAAAAGACAGCAUCUUGGAGACAUUUGGAACAUUUUGUCGUCUUCUUCCCAACCCGUGAAUUAUGAACAAUCAUCAGCGCUCGGCAUCUGGCGCUAAAACCCCGGAUGUGAAGCUGGUGGUCAUGGGAAGGAUGGGCGUCGGUAAAUCAGCCCUGGUGGUGCGCUAUCUAACACGGAGGUUCAUCUGGGAGUAUGACCCCACUCUGGAAUUUUCAUACAAGCACCAAACGCUGGUUGACGAUGACGUCGUCUCCAUGGAGAUCUUGGACACGGCAGGCCAGCUGUAUGGGGAUAAUCGCCGACAGUGGGAGGGUCACGUGAGAUGGGGUGACGGCUUCCUAUUGGUCUACAGCGUGACUGACAAGCAGAGCUUCCAUGACGUCGGCAGGAUGAAAGAGUUUCUGGACGAAGCCAAGAAACCUCGCAACGUCACCGCGGUCAUACUGGCCAACAAAAUGGACCUAAAGCACGAGAGAUGUAUUUCCACGGACGAGGGAGAAAAACUAGCACAAGAGUUGUCCUGUGGAUAUUUUGAAGGUUCUGCGUUGCUAGGUGAUGGCGUCAUCUCGGAAGCUAUUGAAGAACUGUGUCGGGAAGUGCGCAGGCGCAAAAUGAUGGAGAACAGAACGCGCAGGCGCAGCUCGUCCCAAAUGGCCAAGCAAGUGUUCAGCAGAGUUCUGACGAAAAUAUAUAACAGUUAGAAAAGCAGUAGAAAAGCUUAUGUAUAUAUGCCUAUUCUGGCUAGGUCUAGUCUAACUUUUCAAAACUUUUAAAACGCCGGCGCCAUGUCAUUAGAUUUAAGCCAGUUAUUUUUUCUCUUGGGCGUUAAGCAACGUUUCAAUCUGUAUCAUAAGAUAGUAUAAUCACUGUAAACUCUGGCGUCAUUACUUGGAAACUGGAAUCGAUAGAACUUUGCCUGUGCCUGUCAACGUAGUCCUAAUGCUAAGAAGAUUUUGUAAGUACAAGAAACCUAUUGUUGCCGUAACUACUGUAAAUAUAAAUGUUGUCAUUUGAGAAAUUAAUGAGCUGUAACAGCCACAUGUAUAAUAGCUUCAUUAUCUUGAAAAGUUGCCUACUAUUACUAGCGUGUACCGAGGCAUGACAUUUUCCGUUAUGUUAAAUAGCUACAAUAUACUAUCGAUCUAACUGAAGCUAUUGUAAGUAGUAAGUGUCCAGUAUUUCUUCCAGAUACAUUUUAAAGAGUUAAAACUGA